AUGGGCCCCAAACGCCCCGCUAAAGGCAAGGGAAAGAAACCUGACGCCGCAGCUUCUCAAAGCUCUCCCCAUGGUGCUGAGGCUGCCCCGGUGCCUGGCUCAAGCAACGCCACCACUGCCACUCUGUCUGGCCUCGCUCGUGGUAGUCGCCUUGCCACUGUGGUCCAAUCCCCGGAGAACCCUUUGCAUCAUGCGUGCCUCCCACCCGUUGACACGAUGUCAGAGGUGAUGUCUUCGCCCUUGAAGCCCUGCCGCGCCAAGCUGAAGGUUGCCAUGUGUCUCCGUUGCUCUAAGAGAGUGUACAAGGAUCGCGAGGAUAUGUGCUGCUCCCGCGUCAACGCUAUGACCCGCUGCACAUACUGCCAGGAACAUCAGGCGAAGUGUCUCCCCAUUCCCCCCUGGGCUUUCCGCAAGUUCAAUCGCUUGAUGGCAGCAUUUGAGAAGUACCAGGGCGCCGUCGAUUCCAGCAUCCCUCAUCCAAACUUCAGCCAAACGACCAUGCACCGCUGCGCCAAUGUUUUGGAGGCACUUCAGCUCCGCUACACGAAGUUUGUUGAGGCCGGAAAGAACGUCAUGCAUCGCCGCCUUGUAAUGGUGGGUGCACCAGAUGUGAGAAUCUAG